CUUUAGGUUAGGGCAGCGGUACACAUCUGUUUUAGGCAUCCCUUGAUUAAAAGAUUGGAAACGGAUUAUAGAAUAAACAUGAAUGAAUAUUUCGAAAUAAAGAGACCAUCAUCGGAUGAAUUAAUCGAUCUGCACGUUUCAAUCGUACCUCCAGAGCAUUGGAUACAGAGACUGAACUAUGCGAGUCAAACAGUUAUUGCAGAAACUUUUUCUGUUGGCUUUAUAAGAGUACAUCCGGAUAAUACUAUUUUAUCUUUAAGAAAAGACAUUUCGGAACAAAUCGGAGAUCAACUCUUUCCAUCUAAUUAUGUAUUUUUAAAACACGUUGGUCGUUGUUUAGCACUGGUACGAGAGAAACAAGAAGAUAAUUUGAAAGCUAAAAAUUUCAUCAGCCCUGGGAACAUCUUGCCAGAACUUUUCAUCCUGCCAUCUCAACCUAGUACGUAUAAUCAUUUAACACUUCCAUCGACGCAAUUUCCAUCUCUGGAACAACAUUCAGAUUUCAAAAGAGAAAUUUCAAGUUCUAUAUCGAAUAGAAAAGAAUAUAGAAAGGAAACGGGCGACUCUAAUAACGAAAAUGAAAAAUGUCCCAUAAUUCAACCACAGCCUUCAAAACUGAAUGAAAAGCAACAAGUGGAUAAAAUAGACAGAAAAAAGACAAAACAACAAAGAAUUUCAAAAGGCAAUCAAAACAAAAAUUUCGAUAUCUUAGUUCAUCAUAACAACGCUGAAUACAAAUCUUCAAAAUCUCGGAAAAAUUAUGGUCACGAUAAAGUACAAGGCAUACCUGCAGCUACACAAAGUAAAGUAGAUUUUAUGAACACACGUGGAAAAAGAUUACAGAAGGCCGAACUUUCUAUGGAACCAGAAGUACGUAAACCUCGCCGAAUAGAUUCCAUUAUUUCUUCCCAGACGAGUUUAGAGAAUCUAGGACACAAAGAUAACAACCGCUCUGAAGCAAGGAAUACUCCAACGAUUCCAAGAGUGAAAAAGUCCUCUUCUCGGACAAAUUUUGCUCAAAAAUCCAGAAGUAGAGAUUUGGAACCAAUUUCUAUUCUUGAUUCUGUAUUUCACAAAGAAAGUAUGAAUGAUGUUCAGGAUAAUAAUAAUAUUACAGAGACAGUGAGUUUUCAUAAACAAAUCGAUUCGUUGAAAGGCGCGGAUUCGGAAUUGAAGACAAAUCGGCGAAAUAGUGUUGAAGAAGCACCGAUUACGAUUCCGAGUUUUGCAGAAUCCUCGACUAGAAUGGAAAAAGUUUCAAAACUUCCACUUACGAAGAAAGAGGGGAAAACAACAAAAAAGAAGAACACUGAGUCUUCAAGUCAGCAAAAAAUGUGGCAAGACUUGCAAAAGGCAAGAGAAAAUCGAUUAUCAUCACAGAAAAAAAUUCAAAACUUAUCCAGAAAAGUGAGCAAGCCUAGUGAUCAGCAACAAAAUAUGAAGAAGAGGGUAGAAACUCCGAUUAAAAAGAAAAAACCAAACGCGAUCUUUCAACCAGAUGUCAACAAUCCGGGUGUGAAAUGUCCAGCUUGUUAUUAUGUUUUUAACACUCAAACAGACAGAAAAAGGCAUCUAGCACUUAUACACAAUAUAAGGAUAUCGAAAGUUGCACCGGACGAUCAGAAUUCAAAAUCUUGGAGAGCAAAGGUAAUUUUAAAAGUUAGUCAGGAAAGACUCAGUAAUGCAGGCAUUCCAAGUCAGAUAACAGAAAAACAUAAAGGCGAUGGACAAGUAGGAGAAUCGAUGGUUAAACCAAUAAAUUUUUACGCUUCUGAUCGAAGAAGAAGAACUCGAAGCAGAGUUGGUUCGACUGCAUUGCCAAAGUAGCCACCUCUGUUGGUUUUUUCAUAUGUCGCCUGUAGAAAUAAUUAAAGAUUCAAACAUAAUA